UGCUAACCUCCCAAAAGUCCAAAACUCUUCCCCUGAUUUGAUUUCCAAAAAAAUCAAUUAUCUUAAUUCCCUUAAUUACCUCUCCUAAAAAUACUCCAACUUAAUGAUUUUUUCAACUACUUUGUUUGCAAUUAUGCAAAAAGUACAGUUCAUCUUUAUUUUCAUAUCUAUCAAUCAAUUAGCUUUCUCAAACAACCAACCUAAAAUUAAGGUACUCAACGGAUAAAUUUUCAUAUAUUUAUAUGUAUCAAGAUUUCUCAAACACCAAUAUCCACAAUUUCGAAUUUUUUCAAUCCAAAGGGGGAUAUCAUUAUUAGAAGCAUUCAAGUUUUUUCUAUCAAGUUCCAGGUAGUAUUUGUCUUAUGAAGAUAUAAUUGCUUAUUUUGCUUCAAAGAACGGUAGAAGGAUGAGUCUUUUUAAGUAAUAAAAGAUCAAUAUCUUUGGUUUUAUUUAGAUAUUAUCAUUAAUAAUAACUUAGUAGUAUAAAUAUUUUGUCUCUACAUAACAUAUAGUAAUAUAUUUACAGUUAAUAAUUGCCCUCUAAAUUCUGUUAGGGGCCUAAUAGAGACUUUAUUUACAAGCUAAUUAACACAGCCACCAAACUAUAGGAGAAUACAUUAUAGUUUGUUACACACAUUUUUUUUUUUCACUACAUGGCUCCGGCUUUGUCCCCAAACAUGGUAGUUGAUACAAACUACAAGCGCAAGGACGAACUAAAGGCCUUCGACGAGUCAAAAAUGGGUGUGAAGGGCCUUAUUGACGCGGGGGUAACAAAGUUACCCCGUAUUUUUGUCAAUGACCUACCACCAUCCCCAUACUCGACAAAUUAUGAGAUGAACAACGGGCAACAACUAAAAUUUCCGGUGAUAGAUUUCGUUGGAUUAGAGGACGGAGGUCUCGAGAGACGGAGUGAGAUUAUUAAGAAGGUAUCCGAUACAUGUGAGAAGUGGGGAUUCUUCCAGGUCGUGAACCAUGGAAUCUCCCCAUGUGUAUUGGAAGGGAUGCUUAAAGGUGCUAGGAGGUUUCAUGACUUGGAUGCCGAGGCCAAAAAAUCGUACUAUAGUCGUGGAAUUGACAGUAAAAAGAAAUUUGUGUUCACUUCUAAUGUUUAUCUCUACACUGGACGCGUGACUAACUGGAGGGAUACUACAAUUACCCCGAUGAGUCCAAUGCCCGACCCAGAGGAAUUCCCAGAGAUUUGCAGGGAUAUAACGAUGGAGUAUGGAAGAUGCGUGAGGAAACUAGGGCUGACAUUGAUGGAGCUACUAUCUGAGGGUAUGGGUCUAAACCCGAACCAUUUGAAAGACAUGGAUUCUGCUGAAGAACACUUGCUCUUGACCCAUUAUUAUCCUCCGUGCCCGCAACCCGAAUUGGCAAUCGGAAUCAACCAGCAUGCUGAUAAUGACAUCGUCACGGUUCUCCUACAAGAUGACAUUGGUGGACUUCAAGUUCUUCAUGAUGAUGUGUGGUAUGAUGUUCCUCACAUUCCUGGCGCUUUGGUCAUCAACACUGGAGACCUUUUACAACUUAUUAGCAAUGACAAAUACAAGAGUGCAAUCCAUAGGGUGCAGUCAAAGAAGGUUGGUCCAAGAAUUUCAGUGGCUUGUUUCUUUAGACCUAGCGUGAAAAACCCUAGAUUACUUGCACCAAUUACGGAAUUAGUAUCAGAUGAAAAUCCGGUAAUCUACAGAGAAACCACUACGGGGCAAUAUCUUGCUCACUACACCAAAAUUGGACAAGAUUAUGGUGUUGAACCGGCUCUAGAAAAUUUCAAGCUCAAUAAGUAAUUAAGACACAUAAAUUUCGAUCAAAUGUUGAAAUAAUGAUUUAGAUAUUAAUGUAAUUGGUAUAUAGUGGUCAUAUUUGUACGGGAAUUGGGGUUUAUCAUCAACUCGUCGACAGAACAAGUCGUGCGCUAAUUGUGAAGGGCUGUAAUUGGAAAGAUGCGUAAACAUCGAAAAUCACUGCUCUCGUCAAGUUAGAAGCAGUGGAGUACGAACUAUGUUUUAGGAUGCAUAAUAGUAAUUGUGUGAUUGUAAUGAUGAUGUAUUUUCUCUAAAUAUGUGGUAUGCAUAACUAUUUUAUCAUUGUAGAUGUCUUAUGACUCAUUAUUAAUGAUAUUGUUUUUCUCAGUCAAAAAGUAAAAUAAAGUUGUAAUAA